CUAAAAUUCUUGGGAAGGUUGCCGUUACCGUGGGUUCUCUAGACGGUUCGUGGAACUCGCCCGAUAAAACGGAAUUCGAAUACCAUCCGAAUAUUAUUCAAGACCUCCAAGAACUGAUUAGUAAAAUGCCUCACACAAAGAGAAACAUACCACUGGACAACCAGACAUUAAAUCCUUCCCGUUCAGCAAGAACAGUGUGCAGUCCGUCUUCCCUCUCUUCUAUGGUGGAUAGACCAUUGAUGGCAGAUGAGAGCGAGGACAUAUUGUCACUGAAAGCUCUACAGUGUAUACUAUUCGCAGCCGCUGCAACAAAUGAUCGCGAAUGUAUCGAAAUAUUCUUCAGUACUUCAGCCGGAGAAGCAGUCUUUCAAACGUACAGGAACAGCUCCAUCUUGCCAGAAGACAUUGCCAGAGAUAGGGGACAUCAAAACUUAGCAGAAUACCUUCAAAAUGUUCACAAAAGGUUGUCAGAAGAAAUCAUUUGUAAUGUUCAGACUGUAACUAUUGAUUGGGUAGAACUCAAGCGUGCGACUGCCAAGAAGGAUAUCUGCUGCACUGAUGAAUCCCAGGGUUUGGAUGACGAUCAAAGCAGCUACUUCGCGGACGAUGAGACAUCAAUUUGUCAGUCACCGUCUACCAGUGAAUUUUCAAAUGAGGAUGAGUGCAUUGAAUCAAAAUACGCUGUUACAAAUGUUGCAUUGCACCCAAGCCAAGAAGGAGCUGAACCUGCAGAGGACCAUUUUGUCACUAUUGCUGUUAUGACUGUCGCUGGACAAACUUCAAAUGCUAUCGAAUUAAGCUUUGAAAAUGGAGCAAACAGCAGUGCCGAACGCCAAAACCGAGAGCCCACAGACAGUAUGACCAAAGUGCUCCCAUGCGAAAUCAAUACUGGGACUUUGAUGGAUCCCUAUAUCCAAACGACAACAAAAAACACCUUUUGGAAGCGGUGUUGUAAUAAAACAGAUCAAAAGAAAGAACAGGACGACCUUGAAAAGCCUCUGGGUUACAACCAAGAAGGAGCCAGUCCUGCCAAUGACUAUAAUGCCACUUCUGCCGUUACAACUAUUGCUGGAGAGACUCCAAAUUCUUCUGAAAGGGGUUCUGAAGUUGGGAAUAACAGCAGUGCUUCACGCCACAUGCAAGGGCCUAUAGCCGGUAUAACGAAAGAGCUCCUGUGUGGAGACAAUGUAGAGAGUGUGGCUGGUCCCUUUAUCAUGAUGAAAACGGAAAACACCCGUAGAGAACCUAAUUGUGGUGGAAAAGAUCAAGAGCAAGAACUGAACAACCUUGAUAAGCCUCCAGGUAGGUAA